AUGACUAAGAAAGCUGCUACUCCGAUGAGAAAUACAGGUAUAGAACCCGAAUGUGCUAUUCCUAAUUUUUCUUUGGGAAUUUCUCAACAUGAAACUGCCAUUGCAGGCUCUUAUGCUGAGAAUCGUUCAAAAAGAAUUAACGAUCCUAGGCGUUCUAAGGAAUAUGCUGGCGACAAUGUUGUUAAUGUUAGGGGCAAAAAAAUUGCUAAAGCCAAACGUAAUGUGGAUGAGGAUGAUGAUGAAGAGGUAUCUAAAUUUUUGGUUACCAAGCACCCUGCUGUGGCACCAUCUAUGUGUAGAUACACGAAUGUUAAUGUAAUGCAAGAUAUUAGAGGCAAACUAACAGAUCCACAGAUGGAUAUGUUUAGGAAUUCUUGUUUUGGUAAAUAUCUUAGAAUGCAGCAAUUGGAUGUACAAGCACAGAUUUUUCGGUGCUUUAUGGUCAAAGAACUUAGGGGCAGUACAUAUAGGUGCUUUACAUUUGAAAUAAAUGGUAAAGUUCUGCGUUUUGGCCUUAGAGAAUUUGCACUGAUCACUGGGCUAGAUUGUGUAUCUGAUGAAAAUGAUUUUGUUUAUGAUAACUCAAAACCGAAUAGGCUUAUGGUUGAGUAUUUUGGUAGAAAUCAGGAGAACCAAUUGCCAGUUAAAAGACACGAGCUUAUUGAGUGUUUCAACAAGACUGUCUGGGAUGAUAAAGGGGAUGACGCAGUCAAGAUAGCAAUAUUGUAUUUCAUAAAUACGUGGGUACAUUGUGGUGAGCCGAACUCAACAAACAUACCAAGGAUCCAUUUUGAUGUUGUAGAGGACGGGAGAUAUAAUGAGUAUCCUUGGGGUAAAGAUUCGUUUAGAGAGUUGGUUGUAAGCAUCGGGCAGAAAUAUGCUGGUUUUAAGAAAUAUUAUAGGAUUCAUGGUUUGCCGCUUGCUAUGCAAGUAUGGUUGUAUGAAUGUUGCUCAAAAGUCCCGUCCACCAUUGCAGUUAAGACGGGGAAUUUAAUUCCUAGAAUUUUGAACUGGCGGACUACGGAAGGAAAACCAGAAUUCAAGAGAUUGAUGGAUGGCAUGUUCAGAGACGAUAAAAAUCCGAUAAAACAGUUUUUUAACAGUUUUGUGUCUUUUACCAUUUAACUGUUUUAAUA